GGAAAAAUAACAAACAUUAGCCAUCUGCAGAAAUGAUGGUAAAACUAUAGACCAGAUGUUUUACUUUUACUCUACACCAGUGCAGAAAGUUAUCAUGCAUUCAACAUUUUACUUGGACCAAGUAAAUCUGUAGUAUUUUAAUGUUUAUUCUGCAGCAUGACAACCUUGACCUCAGCAUCAUGGAGUCACUCUAGGAUCACAUGUGGAGACAGAGGACACUGACAGCCUAAAUCCACAGAAGAGGUGUGGCAAGUUCUCUAGGAUGCUUUUAACAACUUACCUGCCAAGAACAGGAUACAAGUUUCAGCGCCAACAUGUCAGCGGCAGUUUGACCUCCAUCGUCAUUACUUGGGUCAACUUUUCUAACAAUAACAGGAAGAUCCUCUGUACUCCGGCAGCUGAGCAGCUUACAGUAAUGUCAGACAUCAGCUUGAGCAAUCACUGCCUCCGAGUGGCCAUGUCUUCACAUUACAGCUGAAUUUAAAAAAAGCAUCAAGGGCUGGACAUGCAGUGAAUAAUGCAGGAGGCUUAUGAGAAAGUCUAUGGCCAGCUGUUACACUUUUACACCAACAGCUGAUCCCGGCUCAGGGUUUGCAAACCAAAACUGCGGCCGGUACAUGGACGGCUGGAGGUGGAGCGCUUGCCUGAGGCCGGCGAUGAGGAGGAGAGAGUAACCGGAGAGCACCUCCGAGUCACAGAGUGAAACUGGGCCGAUCAGGUAUCUGAGAAAGAAAAGACCUGAGGGGGAGAUAGAAAGAUGGAGUCACUUGGCUGCGUGGAGGCAAAAUUAAGUUAUUGUAUGACUUUGUAGAUCAGCUAUGAAAAUGUCUAUAGGAAGCUUGUCGGAGGCAAAAGGGAAACAUUCUGCACAGUCUUGUAUCUAGGUUUUGGCAGAUUAUGGGACUGUGUGUGUCUUUUUGAGCAGAGAUAGAGCUGAAAGGAGAGGUUGACAGGUAAAAACAGAGAAAAGGAGGGGAGAUCGGAGCAAAAAAGGGAUACGUUGAGAGAGAAAGGGGUUAAUAAUAAAGGAGGGAUGUAUAUAGCAGGGGUUGGAAAAGGAGAAUAAGGAAAAAAGGGGCCCAAAACUAGUCCUCAGAAAGCUGAUUUUCUACUCUGGACUGGCCCUGCUCAGGACUCUAAGCCCCUCACCCUGCCUGCGACUGAAUGGUCCAGGCAGGACAAAGGUCCACUCUGUGCCUCACCUGAGUGACUCCACCUUGGAGAGAUAACCAGCUCUGUAGCCUCUCCAGGCUCCAGCUUCCUCUCUGUCCCAGUCUGAAGCCUCGCAGAGCUCUGGAAGACGCCGCUCUUGUUGCCCAGGCCAGAGGGAUCGGCACCGAGAGGCUUCUAACUCAAGCCAGGACCAACAGGAGACACACAGGCUCUUAUGAAGGUACACAAAGAAGAAACUACGAUGGAGAAUCAUAUCACACAGAUUUCCCGAGAGGACCUGGAAGAUCUCAGAGACGCCUUUAAUAAAAUUGAUAUUGAUAAUAGCGGCUACGUGAGUGACUUUGAGCUUCAGGAGCUGUUCAGACAAGCGAGUUUCUCCCUGCCGGGCUACAAGGUGCGAGAGAUCAUCGAGACCUUCAUAGCUGGAGACACCAACAAGGACGAGAAGAUCAACUUUGAGGAAUUUGUUUCUAUCUACCAGGAGCUGAAGAGUAAGGAGUUCAGUGAGACGUUCAGGAAAACCAUCACAAGGAGAGAUGGGAUCCGAUCCUUUGGAGGAACAUCGAGAAUCUCCAGCGAGGGAACGCAGCACUCCUACUCUGAUGAGGAGAAGGUGGCUUUUGUCAACUGGAUCAACAAAGCUUUGGCAAAAGAAGCAGACUGCGAACAUCUGCUGCCCAUGAACCCCAACGAUGAAAGCCUCUUCACUUCUGUCCGCGAUGGCAUCCUGUUAUGCAAAAUGAUCAACCUGUCUCAGCCCGACACGAUCGACGAAAGAGUCAUCAACACGAAGAAACUCACCACCUUCAAAAUGACAGAGAAUCUGGUCCUGGCUCUGAACUCGGCCUCAGCAAUCGGCUGCACGGUGGUGAGCAUCGACGCCCAUGAUCUGAUGGCUGGGAAACCCCAUCUGGUCCUGGGACUGCUGUGGCAGAUUAUCAAAGUUGGCCUGUUUGCUGAUAUAGAAAUCAGCAGGAAUGACGGUCUCAUUAACCUCCUGACAGAUGGAGAACAACUGGAGCAUCUACUGUCUCUCUCUCCUGAGGAGCUGCUGCUCCGUUGGGUCAACGAUCAUCUACACAACGCAGGGACGCAAACAAUCAGCAACUUCAGUGACGACAUCAAGUUACUCAACUUCAGUGACGACAUCAAGGACUCGCGGGCCUACUUCUACCUGUUGGACCAGAUCGCCUCCCAAGGGGAGAACGACUACAAAAUGAGCGGGAAAAUCGACAUGAGAGGCCUCCAUGAGCCUGAUUUGGAUCAAAGGGCUGAGCUGAUGCUGCAGCAGGCAGCCCGGCUGGACUGCAGACAGUUUGUUUCUCCUCAGGACGUCACAUCUGGAAACAGCAAACUCAACUUGGCCUUUGUGGCUAAUCUGUACAACAUGUAUCCUGCUCUGCAGAGAGCUCAGACCAACAGCAACGGCAUAGACACUGUACACAUAGAGGCUGAGUCCAGAGAGGAAAAAACAUUUCGCAACUGGAUCAACUCUCUGGGCGUCUCUCCGUAUGUCAACCACCUGUACUGGGAUCUGUGUGAUGGUUUGGUGAUUCUGCAGCUUCAUGAGAAGGUUAAUGUGCCUGUGAACUGGAAGAAAGUCAACAACCCACCUUAUCCUGUCCUGGGAGCAAAUAUGAAGAAGCUGGAGAACUGUAACUAUGCUGUGGAGCUGGGCCGGGAUGUAGCUCACUUCUCUCUGGUUGGCAUUGGAGGAGAAAACCUGAACGAGGGGAGCCACAUGCACACCCUGGCACUGGUCUGGCAGCUGAUGAGGAGGUACACAUUGCUGGUUUUGUCAGAUUUGGGUGAUGGAGAGAAAGUUGGAGAUCAGAUUAUCCUCACCUGGGUCAACACCAUGCUGAGCCAGAAACGCAAGGACACACAGAUCAGCAGCUUCAAGGACAAACUGAUCAGCACCAGUCUGCCAGUAAUCGACCUGAUUGAUGCCAUCGCUCCCGGUACUGUCAAGUGGGACAUGGUGAAGCGAGGAGAGAAAGGAGUGCUGAAGGAUGAAGAUAAACUCAACAACGCCAAGUACGCGAUCUCAUUGGCCCGUAAGAUCGGAGCUCGUGUUUACGCCUUGCCUGAUGAUUUGGUCGAGGUGAAACCCAAGAUGGUGCUGACAGUGUUUGCUUGCCUCAUGGGCCACGGUUUGAAAAAGGCCAACCGCUGAAAAGAAAAAAUUAAAAAGACAUGAACAAACCUGGGAACCAACCACCAACGUACUCAUUGCAACAUGUUGUUUCCACUUGCUAUCUCUUUGACUUUUGUCAUCUUUUUCUCAUCAUUGUAAUUCCUUUUUCUUUGACCUUGCUGAGAAUAUCCAACAGAGGCAUUUAUAUUCUGUUCAUGAAAAGAAGCUCUUAACUGUUCUUUGCUGUAUUAUCUAAUAUGCUCUUACAUCUACUUAUUUCUUUAACUUUAGCAGUUGAUACACACAAGCAGAACUGUACACCCUUUUCCUUCAGCAAUACUUUAAGUCUGUAAAUGUUGUGCAUUGAAAUAUUGCCUAUUUAAUUAUUAAAAUUAAUCUAUUAAAUGUA